GGGCCCCGGGCCCCGCCGCGGCAGCGCCAGCGGCAGCUCUCCCGUCCCGCCGGCGGCGGCAACAUGGCCUCGGCCGGUAACGCCUCGGAGCCGGAGACCAGCAGCAGCGCGGGCGGCGGAGGCCACCCCGGCCGGGCGCCGAGAAACGGCGGCGGGAGGCGGCGAAGGACUGGAGGGAAUCGGCGCGCCGCGGUGCCCGACCGGGAGUAUCUGCAGCGACCAAGCUACUGCGAUGCGGCUUUCGCCUUGGAGCAGAUUUCAAAGGGGAAGGCGACGGGACGGAAAGCGCCGCUGUGGCUGCGAGCAAAGUUUCAGAGACUGUUGUUUAAACUGGGCUGUUACAUUCAGAAAAACUGCGGGAAGUUUUUGGUUGUCGGCCUCCUGAUAUUUGGGGCUUUCGCUGUAGGAUUAAGGGCAGCUAACCUCGAGACCAACGUGGAGGAGCUGUGGGUGGAAGUUGGUGGACGAGUGAGUCAGGAGUUAAAUUACACACGGCAGAAGAUUGGAGAAGAGGCCAUGUUCAACCCCCAGCUCAUGAUCCAGACUCCACAGGAAGAUGGUGCUAAUGUACUAACAACAGAAGCACUCCGACAGCACCUUGAGUCUGCACUUCAGGCCAGCAGAGUACAUGUCUAUAUGUACAACAGACAGUGGAAAUUGGAACAUUUGUGUUACAAAUCAGGAGAACUCAUCACAGAAGCAGGUUACAUGGACCAGAUCAUAGAAUAUCUUUAUCCUUGCUUAAUUAUCACUCCUUUGGACUGCUUCUGGGAGGGAGCAAAGCUACAGUCAGGAACUGCCUAUCUAUUAGGGAAGCCUCCUUUGCAGUGGAUCAACUUUGACCCCUUAGAAUUCUUGGAAGAGUUAAAGAAAAUAAACUACCAAGUGGAGAGCUGGGAAGAAAUGCUGAAUAAAGCGGAGGUUGGUCAUGGUUAUAUGGAUCGACCCUGCCUGAAUCCUGCUGAUCCCGAUUGCCCAAUCACAGCUCCCAAUAAAAAUUCCACCAAACCUCUUGAUGUAGCCCUUGUUUUGAGUGGUGGAUGCUAUGGACUAUCAAGAAAAUACAUGCAUUGGCAGGAGGAGCUGAUUAUAGGUGGUACAGUCAAGAACAGUUCGGGUAAACUUGUCAGUGCCCAGGCUUUGCAAACCAUGUUUCAGUUAAUGACCCCUAAGCAAAUGUAUGAGCAUUUCAAGGGGUAUGAAUAUGUUUCACAUAUCAAUUGGAACGAGGACAAGGCAGCAGCAAUUCUGGAAGCCUGGCAGAGGAUGUAUGUUGAGGUUGUUCAUCAAAGUGUUGCACAAAACUCUACUCAGAAGGUGCUUUCCUUCACUACGACCACCCUGGAUGACAUCUUGAAGUCAUUCUCUGAUGUCAGUGCUAUCCGAGUAGCCAGUGGCUACUUACUAAUGCUUGCCUAUGCGUGUUUAACGAUGCUGCGGUGGGACUGUGCCAAGUCUCAGGGUGCUGUGGGGCUGGCAGGAGUCUUGUUGGUUGCACUCUCUGUGGCUGCAGGAUUGGGCCUGUGCUCGUUGAUUGGAAUUUCCUUUAAUGCUGCCACAACUCAGGUUUUGCCUUUUCUUGCUCUUGGAGUUGGUGUAGAUGAUGUUUUCCUUCUGGCACAUGCAUUUAGUGAAACAGGACAGAAUAAGAGAAUUCCAUUUGAGGACAGAACAGGUGAAUGUCUGAAGCGAACAGGAGCCAGUGUAGCCCUUACAUCUAUCAGCAAUGUUACUGCUUUCUUUAUGGCUGCCUUAAUUCCAAUUCCAGCUUUAAGAGCAUUUUCACUCCAAGCAGCAGUUGUGGUGGUGUUCAAUUUUGCUAUGGUUCUGCUGAUUUUCCCUGCUAUCCUGAGCAUGGACCUUUAUCGUCGGGAAGACAGGAGACUGGACAUAUUUUGCUGUUUUACAAGCCCGUGUGUCACUAGAGUGAUUCAGGUUGAGCCUCAAGCGUAUGUGGAAAAUGACAAUACUUGCUACAGUCCUCCACCCCCAUACAGCAGCCACAGUUUUGCGCACGAAACUCAGAUUACAAUGCAGUCCACAGUGCAGCUGCGUACAGAAUAUGAUCCUCACACGCAGGUGUACUACACCACAGCAGAGCCUCGCUCAGAAAUAUCUGUUCAGCCAGUGACAGUGACACAAGAUAACCUGAGCUGCCAGAGCCCAGAAAGCACAAGUUCGACGAGGGAUUUACUUUCCCAAUUCUCAGACUCCAGUAUACAUUGCCUUGAGCAACCCUGUACAAAGUGGACGCUCUCAUCUUUUGCAGAAAAGCAUUAUGCUCCAUUCCUCCUAAAACCAAAAGCUAAGAUUGUGGUUAUUUUUCUUUUUCUGGGUUUACUUGGGCUCAGCCUUUAUGGAACUACCCGGGUGAGAGAUGGACUAGAUCUCACAGACAUUGUACCACGGGAAACACGGGAAUAUGACUUUAUUGCUGCACAGUUCAAGUACUUUUCAUUCUACAACAUGUAUAUUGUGACUCAGAAAGCAGACUAUCCAAAUGUCCAGCACUUACUGUACGAACUUCACAGAAGUUUCAGCAAUGUGGCAUAUGUUUUGUUGGAAGAGGAUAGGCAGCUCCCCAAAAUGUGGUUGCACUACUUUCGAGACUGGCUGCAAGGACUUCAGGAUGCAUUUGACAGUGACUGGGAAACUGGGAAGAUCACUUACAACAGCUAUAAAAAUGGUUCUGAUGAUGCUGUUUUGGCUUACAAACUCUUGGUACAAACAGGCAACCAAGCAAAACCCAUUGACAUCAGCCAGUUGACUAAACAGCGUCUGGUGGAUGCGGAUGGAAUCAUUAACCCAAAUGCUUUCUACAUCUACCUGACAGCCUGGGUUAGCAAUGACCCUGUGGCGUAUGCUGCCUCGCAAGCCAACAUCCGCCCGCACCGCCCAGAGUGGGUCCAUGACAAAGCAGACUACAUGCCAGAAACACGGCUGAGGAUUCCAGCAGCCGAGCCGAUAGAAUAUGCUCAGUUUCCUUUCUACCUCAAUGGAUUGCGUGAAACUUCUGACUUUGUGGAGGCUAUCGAGAAAGUGAGAGCUAUCUGUAAUAACUACAGCAGCUUGGGGAUCUCCAGCUACCCUAAUGGUUACCCAUUUCUCUUCUGGGAGCAGUACAUUGGACUUCGUCACUGGCUCCUCUUAUCCAUUAGUGUGGUUUUAGCUUGCACGUUUCUGGUGUGUGCCCUCUUCCUCCUAAACCCCUGGACAGCUGGGAUCAUUGUGGUGGUGCUGGCGCUGAUGACUGUGGAGCUGUUUGGCAUGAUGGGUCUGAUUGGAAUAAAGCUGAGUGCAGUGCCUGUGGUUAUCCUGAUUGCUUCUGUUGGCAUUGGUGUGGAAUUCACUGUUCAUGUCGCUUUGGCGUUUUUAACUGCCAUAGGAGACAGGAACCAUAGGGCUGUUCUUGCAUUGGAACACAUGUUUGCACCAGUGCUGGAUGGGGCCGUGUCCACUCUGCUUGGGGUGUUAAUGCUUGCAGGAUCAGAGUUUGAUUUUAUUGUCAGGUAUUUCUUUGCUGUUUUGGCAAUCCUAACCAUUCUGGGAGUUCUCAAUGGAUUGGUGCUGCUUCCUGUUCUUCUCUCAUUCUUUGGACCAUACCCUGAGGUUUCUCCAGCUAAUGGACAGGACAGAUUGCCCACACCAUCUCCUGAGCCACCCCCUGGUACUGUGAGGUUUGCACUGCCACCUGGCCAUACAAAUAAUGCUUCAGAUUCCUCUGAUUCUGAGUACAGCUCUCAAACCACAGUGUCUGGCAUCAGUGAAGAGCUGCAUCAGUACGAGGCCACACAAGGUCCUGGGGCACCAGUCCAUCAAGUAAUAGUGGAAGCAACGGAGAAUCCUCUCUUUGCAAGGUCUACUGUGGUUCAGCCAGAAGCAAGGCAUCAGCCAAGCCCUCGGCUGCAGCCAAAUCCAGAGCCCAGUGUGCAGCAGCCGUGGCAUCAGGGCAGACAGCCCAAAAGGGAAGCGAGGGAAGGGCCGCGACCACCUCCUUACCGCCCUCGCAGGGACGCUUUUGAAAUUUCUACUGAAGGGCAGCCGGCACCCAGCAGCAGCAGGGAUCGCUUGGGCCACAAGGCUCGCUCCCACAGCGUGAGGAGCCCGGCAUUUGGGGCUGCAGGUGCAGCAGGAGCAGCUUACUGCCAGCCCAUCACUACUGUGACUGCCUCAGCCUCAGUCACUGUCGCUGUCCACCCUGCCCUGCACAGCCACAGCUCUCGGGGAGCGAGCUUUCCAUCCUACGAGGGACACCACGAAGCCGGCCAUGCGCCAUUUGAGGACCCCCACGUGCCUUUCAAUGUGCGGUGUGAAAGAAGAAAUUCUAAAGUGGAAGUUAUAGAACUGCAAGAUGUUGAAUGUGAGGAAAGGAUACCUGGCAACAGCUCACAAUAAGGGUAAUAACUGAAGCAAAGAAGAGGCCAAAGAUGGAAAACUAUAUUCCAGAACUGCUUGAAGAGAAGAACUGCUUGAAGUUGUAGAAAAGGACAUGCUGCAUCAGGACAACAGUUCACUGUUACUGUAACCUAUUGUAUUAUUUUGUUAAAUAUUUCUUUUAAGUAUUUAAAAGAUGUACACAUAUGUAAUAUACAAAAGAAUGAUGUAAAGUAGUAUAGUCUGGAGUAAUUUGCCUUUGGGCAAUAGAAUGGGGACAAUAUUGUGUGCUCUUUGUACUUUUUGUACAUUGAUGUCUGUGCCACAACUAAGCUUAAUCUAGUUCUGAAUUUCAGCAUAAGUUGCUGCUGCUUAAAUAUUUUAUAAUUUACUUGUAUAAUUCUAUGCAAAUAUUGCUUAUGUAAUAGGAUUUUUUAAAAGGUACAUGUCUGUUUAAAAUAUUUUAAAUUUGUGUAUCACAACCCUGUGGUAGUAUGAAAUGUUACUGUUAACUUUCAAACACGCUAUGCGUGGUAAUUUUUAAAAUAAGCAAAUAUGAAGAAAAGCAAGUUAAUCUGGGAGGCUUAAAUAGACUUAGCUAUGUGCAGGUUUUGUUUUGCUGUAUGCAUCCAAGUGUGCACCUGGAAAUAUGUGUGCUUUUGUGUGCAUGUUCCUGGUGUACUCUAGUUUCUCUUUUACUGUAUGUUAACACUUGGUGGGCUUACAAACCCACUGAUGCUGAUGUGAGUCUGGCUUUCCCUGUUAGUAGGCACUAGUGAAAACUCUGUUGUUGUUUACCAAUAUAUACAACAAUAGAUUGUUGCCAUCAUCAAAGGCCCAACUAAAAUACUAGAGAAGACAGGGAGUUGAGGUUUAGAAUUAUGUUUCAGUUCCCAAAUCCUUAAUGACCUGUUUCACAUGACUUUAGUCAAGUCACUUAACUACCCGAUGCCUCAGUUUUUCAUCCUGUAAAAUGGUUAUAAUUACACUUACCUACCUCCCAGGAAUGUUGUGAGACUUAGUUACAGUCCAUGUAGUGCUUUGAGGUUUUUUUCCCCUCACAAAAUAUGCCAGGUAAGUGCAAGCACUAUAACCAUUAUUUUUUCACUUCCAAAGGUGCUGGGUAUUGACGGGUGCUGGUGGUUAUAGAAAUACAAUGAGCAUCUGCCUUACUUUGAUACUGUUAAUUUGGAGUGGCUGGAUAAUGGAUUGUUUAAUGGUCAGCCACAGCUUAGCUGAGUCAUUACAGCAUUGAAAGCAGUAUCUUUGGUCACCUUAUUUUCAUGGCAGGAAGGAAUUAAUAGUAAGUAAUAAAAAUCAAAUGGAAGGAUUAAAAAAAAAAGUAUAUUCACUUUUAAAUAUAAAUGGCUUUCUGGUGGGCCGGGAUGGUAAUGACACUUAAAGCCUGGAUAGUUCUUUUCUUUAUUGUUUGUGUUUUCCCAUGCUGCAUUGGCACUUUUAAUUAUAACAGCUAAACUGGGAUCUCUUUGCGAAACUAAUUUAGCUUUUUGUACUAUUGUUUUUAAACUAAAAGGGGAUUGUUGCAGGUGAAGGGUCUGGAAAAACACUGCAAUCUGUGUUCUAGUUGGAAACAAACCGUAGGAACAAAGAACCUUAAUUUAAAAUAAUGCAACACAAGUUUUCAUUAUCUCUGUCUUCUUUUUUUAAUCUUUUUUCUGCCCUUCACCAAGCUGUUUUUUUAGAGCAGGUAGAUGUUCACUUUUGUAUUCAGAGCCAAACACAACGAAUAUUCAGUUUCUAAAUACAGCAGUGGUGGGGCUUUUCUUUAUGUAUACCUGAACAGCAGUGGCCAAUUCUUUGAUGGGAAAGUGUUUUUCUCCAGUGGCUUCAGGGAGUCUAUCUUUGCCUACAGACCUUGCCAGCAAAACAAAUGGGGAUAAUUAGAAUGCACAAAUUUCCAUGCCUUUUUUGCUCACUUGAAAACACUUUGAUAUGAGGCACUUGUUUACAGAUCUCCAAUGUGAACGCUCGAAGAGCAGGUGGCGAGAGCCUGGUGUCAUUCCCGUGAUACAUAAGCUACUGUUUCAGUGCACACCAAGGGUUAAUGUCACAACUGCCUACUGGUCCAGUUCACUGUCUAACAUGAAAACUCUUGAUGACAAAAAGAUGAGGGGCCUCAAUUUAGCACUAGCAGCAUAGUGACCUCAGAUCAUACACACUCUGCAACAAAACUUCAUGAUACUAAUUGGAAGCCACCUUCUACCACCAAGCUUGUGCGCUCACGUGCCAGAGAUUGGCAGGGCUCCCGCUGGCACCACUCUGUGCCACAGGCUGCCUUGCUUCCUGCUCUUCCUUGGAGGGAAAGGGCCCAGGGCAAGCUGCAGUGUCUCCCACCUGCUCCUGCCCGAGUCUUCUUGCAUGCUUGUGUGUGGGUGAGCUGUCUGCUGCUUUGUGCACAAUGUAGACCUUCUUCUUCGAUAGUCACAUUGGCAAGGGGAGAACUCAGUGGCUGGCAACAUUUAUUUUGUUUUGGUUUCGUUUCUUAACUUUUUUAAUCAUGUGUGAUAUUUAUAUUUUUGUAUCAUAAGAAUGUUUUUCUUACAGUAUUUGUCAUGCCAGUUUAUAACAAACAAAAUGCAGGGAUUUUAUUUCUAUUGGAAACACUAUUACAGUUAUGUUUUUACUGUUUAAUGGAUUUUUAUUUGUAUAGAGUGCUUACUAAUGUUAAAUAGGAAAGAGUAUAUAACAUUUACAUUAUGGACUUGUUGUAGCUUUUAGUGUAAGGAGUUAAAAGGAAAAAAAAUAUUCAAACUGGGUCUCAUUGUCUGCCUGUUUGGUAGGAAUGGGUUUGUGUCAUUUCAGUUACAAAGAUAAAAUUAUGCCAUAUAAUUUAUUUAUAUGAAAAUUUAUUUUUGUAGUGUACAUAGUAGUCAUCGAGUCUUUUGACAGAAGUAUAUUUUUAAAGAGUUUAUAUGUAAUGAUGAUACCAUUAUGUUUUGGAACACUGCUGAGAUACAAUUACAGUGCACACUUUUCCUUGUAAACCCCCUGGAGAAAAAAAAGUGUUUUACAGUGUUAAGAGAGAAAGAGAGUGUGAAUAUUCAUACAAUUCUGAACUGUAUUUUAGUUACCAUUUGUGAUCUAGCGUGGUUCUCAUUUUAAGCUUCGAAUGGAAAUUGUACAAACUCUCUAAAUAUUAAUGUUCAAACACUGAUAGAAAUUCUAACAUAAAUAAAAAAAUAUUAUAACUUA